AUCGCAGCCAUAUUCAUGGAGCGUAAUUUGAGAACUGUUGGAAACUAUUUGGUGUUAUCGCUAGGGGUCGCCGACCUCAUGGUCGCCUGCCUUGUGAUGCCCCUAGCAGCCGUCGCUGAAGUGAGCCGCGAGUGGGCUUUAGGGCCCGCUCUGUGUGAUGUGUGGACUUGCUGUGACGUGCUCUGCUGCACGGCCUCAAUCCUGCACCUCCUCGCCAUUGCCAUGGACCGCUACAGAACGGUGGCUCAGGUAGACUACGUGCGCCAGCGGAACUCGCGCCAGGUUGCACUCAUGAUUCUUCUGGUCUGGGCUGUUGCCGUCGCUGUUUCGGUGGCGCCUGUGUUCGGCUGGAAGGACCCGGACUUCCAGCGAAGGGUCCAGGUCAACCGAAUCUGCCUGGUCAGCCAGGACGUUGGCUACCAGAUAUUUGCAACCUGCGCCACAUUUUACGUGCCUCUGAUACUAAUCCUGCUGCUCUACUGGCGCAUCUAUCAAGUGGCACGCCGCAGAAUUCGCCAUAAGCCGGGCAGCAAGGUUCCUAUUGCGAUGGCCAAGAGUCCUUCUUCAAACGUGGAGAUCUCGGUAAUCGUGGCCGGUGAGAAUCACAGUCCGAACUCGUGUAGCGGCGGGACCACCACGCAGGAGUCUGACGUCUCACGCAACAACGACGGGGCGCCGCUGCGACCGAAGCUGCAGAGCAAAAAAGACCGCAAGCUACAGGUCAAGCAGCCGCACAUCUCCCGCGAGUCGCUCGAGUCCAAGCGCGAGCGCAAGGCUGCCAAGACUCUGGCCAUCAUCACGGGCGUGUUCGUCGUCUGUUGGAUGCCCUUCUUCGUCAACGUGCUCCUCAUGACUCUCUGCACGUCGUGCUCGUCCGGCGGUUACGCGUUCAGCGUCUUUCUGUGGCUUGGCUACGUCAACUCCAUGCUCAACCCGAUAAUCUACACCAUCUUCAGCCCCGACUUCAGGAAUGCCUUCAGAAAACUACUAUGUGGCCGAAAACAGCCGUAUGGCAUUAAGCGGUAACCCACAGAAAUCUGGCGAGGCAUGUGAAGAGUCAGCCUGGAGAAGUAUACAAAAA